AUGUCAGCAGUUGUGAACGUGGAGCCCGCCAAUGAAAAGGGACGGAUCGAUUCAACUGAACAGCUGCUUCGGCAGAACACUGCAGUCGCAUUUGCUGAGCCGGCCGAGAUCACGAACGAUGCCAGGCUUCAGAGCCGCACAAACACACGCGAUCAAAAUGAAGAUGAAAUGGAGAAUGAUUCCUCUCGGAAUUUUGAUACUUCAUCUUUAAAUAGUUCCGGUCAUGGUAUUGAUGGAAAAAUUAACCAGGCUUAUACUUCUCCGGACAUUGAACUACAGAACUAUACAUUUCCGGCACCCGUUGAAGACCGUUCAAUUACACCCGAGAAAUCGGACAGACACCAUCACCACCACCAUCACCACCACCACCAUCACAAAAAUCAACAACAACAACAACAAGAACAAAAUCAACAACAACAACAACAACAGAAUGUGUCCCAAAAUAACCACCAGCAACAACAGACUAAACCGUCAGAGUCGAGUAAUCAACAUGCUGACAACAACGGCACAGCGAGUAUGACUAGUAAUUCUCAAUCGCGUUCACACAUAGAUAGGCUUCACCAGCAUUCCUCAGACGAGGAGGGGAGGUCGCACGUUGAUGAUGGCAAAUCGGAAGAUGCACGUCACGGAAAGGGAAAAGAGUCCACCAUCUUAUCCGAAAUUGGAGCGGACUACAUGCGAGUUAACGGAGCCAUUGGCUCAUUCAAACAACUGCAAAAACCAACAUCAAUGCAGUCCCUUCCGACUUCCUCGAAAAUGAGCUAUACGUCAGAAGAUGCUGGGGCUGCUCUAGUUGUUAACAGCGAGCAAGGGAAAUAUGGUAUGGAACAAAAACCACAGCCGGAGACUAAAAACAGUAAACCGAAUCCGGUUGGAUACAGGUUGGGAAAAAGGAAAACAUUGUAUGAACGGAGGAGAAAAAUCUCAGACUAUUGUCUCGUGUUCGGGAUGGGUGGGAUUGUUUUGAUGAUUGUGGAGACGGAAUUGACAAUGGCCAACGUCUACCUAAAGGAUCAUGUGUGCUCCUUCGUGCUAAAGUCUCUCAUCAGUCUUUCAACACUUAUCUUGGUGUGUCUCAUACUUGCGUAUCAUGCAUUGGAGAUCCAGCUUUUUGCUAUUGAUAACUGUGUUGAAGACUGGCGAAUAGCAAUAUCCUGGAAAAGACUUUCCCAACUGUUGACAGAGAUUCUAGUAUGCGUGGUACACCCCAUUCCAGGGAACUUUCACUUCACGUGGUAUACUAUGAAAUAUGACGGCUCGGAACUGUUAAAAAAUGUGGUUCCUGUUGACAUUCUGUUAUCGCUACCGAUGUUUCUAAGACUUUAUCUCAUCGCACGGGUAAUGCUUCUACAUAGUCGACUAUUUACAGAUGCUUCAUCUAGGAGUAUAGGUGCUUUAAACAGAAUCAGUUUUGACACACGUUUUGUGUUGAAGACACUUAUGACAAUAUGUCCGGGUACGGUCAUGCUUGUGUUUAUGCUUUCGUUGUGGAUUAUCGGUAGUUGGAUCCUUCGUUCCUGUGAAUAUUACCAUGACGAAAAUCACCAAAAUAUCCUUAACUCAAUGUGGCUGAUUUCGAUCACCUUCCUGUCCGUGGGCUACGGGGAUAUUGUACCAAACACAUAUUGUGGCCGGGCCAUAGCUAUAGCGACAGGAGUAAUGGGUGCAGGGUGCACAGCUUUAGUGGUAGCUGUUAUGGCCAGGAAGCUGGAACUGAGCCGAGCAGAAAAACAUGUUCAUAAUUUUAUGAUGGACACGCAGCUUACUAAAAGGAUGAAAAAUGCUGCAGCCAAUGUGCUGAGGGAGACUUGGCUCAUUUACAAAUACACCAAACUUGUCAAAAAAGUGGACGGCAGCAAAGUGCGUGCUCAUCAGAGAAAAUUUCUUCAAGCUAUUCAUUCGCUGAGGAAGAUAAAGAUGGGCCAAAGAAAACUACUGGAAAAUCAGAAUACACUUGUAGACAUGGCAAAGACCCAGACACAAAUCUCCGAUACAGUGAUGGAAAUUAACAGCAAUCAGACAACACUAGAGAGACGUGUCAAUAAAAUUGAAGAAAAGCUUGCUGGAUUGCAGGGUACGCUUGAUCAGCUUCCCAGCUUGAUUGCUGAAAAAGUGGUCUUGCGACGAGCGGAGCACCAGUCAAGGCGCGAUCAUGGAGAUCAAAGAAAUUUAGGCGGAGGUAGUUUAGGUAAUGGAGUUGAACCUUCUAUGGACUUUCGGCGAUCCGAGUUUAAUCAACUUAGGAGAAUUUCUCCGCCUCGUCGGAAGAAACAAGGAACGCAAUCAGGAGGAACAAGUCAACUGUAA